AUGCUGUCAUUGUGGGUAGGGACUUUUUUAUUUUUUGGAUAUUAUAUUGGCCUAGGGCUUAUCUCGCCAUUGUCCAAUAUCCCAGGCCCUUGGUUUACACGUUUCACAAGUUUCUGGAUCAAAUAUCAAGAGUUUACGGCAAAUCGACGAGAAUAUAUUCACGAUCUUCAUCAAAAAUAUGGCCCAGUUGUUCGUCUGGGACCUAAUGAGGUUUCCUUCACAAGCCUCGACGCUAUCAAGGAAAUCUAUGCCUCCGGUGGAAGUGGGUACGAUAAGACUGAGUUUUACACUCUAUUUAAGCAAUUCAAGACAAAAACAAUGUUCUCGACACUACACAAAGAUGAUCAUAGCAAGAGAAAGCGCCUGUUUGCCGAACGAUAUGCAAUGACCAACAUCAUGAAACCUAAGCCUUUAGCUGCUAUUCAUGAGAGAGCCAUCGCUUUCGUGACCAGGAAUAAUGCUCAUCUUGAUCAGACUACUUACUCCAAGUACCAGGUGCUACUUCACUGUUACGCUCUGGACUGUGUCAGUCAUUUUAUGUUCAGUCCGGGCGGGCUCAGGUCGUUGAACCUUAGAAGGGAUUUUGAGAUAAUGGAAGAACUGACUUACCACCAAAGUCUACAGAAAAGCUUGCUGUCGUAUUAUCUUCCAUCUGUGGAACCCUAUUUCCCUAAGUUCCUUCAUCCACGCAGCGCUCCAAAGACCAACCAGUUUGUUUUGGACAUGGCUGCCCGAAAAGAAUUAGAGAAACACACGCUUCUAGAAAAGCUGAAACGUCAAGAGUCUGGUCUCGACGUCAUUCAGGCUGCGGCAGAAUGCAAGGAUCACAUGGCUGCCGGAAUUGAUACCACCGGCGAUGGCCUCUGUUUCUUGAUGUGGGAGCUCUCGCGGCCACAUAAUCUGGAAUCUCAAAGAAAACUACACGAAGAGUUGAAGGCUGCAUCAGUGGAUGCUUCAUUGGACAGUCUAGUGUAUCUUGAUGCAGUCAUCAAAGAAGCGCUGCGCUGCUACCCGCCUAUUCCGAUGUCACUUCCGCGUUAUGUGCCCCCAGGAGGGCGUGUAAUCGAUGGAUAUUUUAUUCCCGCAAACGCCAUUGUCAGCUGUCAGCCAUAUAGCGUGCAUCGUUGCUGUGCCGAUGUUUUCCCGGAGCCAGACCGGUUCUACCCCGAUAGAUGGCUUGACCCGGAAGGUUCUGCGGAAAGAAAUAGACAUUUCUUUGCGUUCGCUGUUGGCGGGCGAGGCUGCACUGGAAAGAAGUGA